AUGCACGGGAGCGAGAAACUUCCUGGCGGCGCUCGAGGGGAAAGGGAAGCGCCGGGGAGGCGGCCGGGCGACUGCGGGCCCCCACGGCCCCUCCAGCCCCUGCCGCCGCCGCCGCCGCCGCGCCUUCACCACCCCAGUUCCGGCCACCCCCACCGCAGCCACCGCCGGUGCCGCUGCUGGGGCUGGGGCCACGGCAGCCGCUUCAUCCUCCACGGGGCGGCAGCGGCAGCGGGGAGGGGGAGAAAGGAAGGCGGGGCCGGGAGGAGGAGCGCGCGCAGGAAGGGCGGGGGAGGAGGCGGGCGGCGGCACUGCGCAGGCGCCUGCGCGGCGCGGGCCCCCGCGAGGCGGGCGGGAGGCGGGCGCGGGGCGGGCCGGCCCGGGCGGGAGGAAAGGGAAGAGUCGGAGGGAAGGAAGCGGCGGGGACGGGCCGUGCGCACCGCACACACCGCGCGCCGCGCGUUCGAGCGCGUGGCGGCCCCGGGGCGGCUGUCCGCGGCCGGCUGCCCUGGGCUUUGUCUGAUGGCUCAGCGGGGACAGGGACGGGGGGCCGGGCUGGGCCGGCCAGACCUGGAAGACGCAGGAUCGGGAAAAGAAGAUGCGGCGCUGCCGGUUCCGUACUUCCUGACCCGGAGAAUCUACACCCCGGAGCCCGCGGAGCACCGACCUGCCGACCUACCGGCGCAGGCUUCGGAGCAGGGGGCGGGACCCAUGGUAGUAACUGUGUUACAAAUGCAGACCGUCAAUGGGGAAAAAGAAGAAGGAACCUACGUCGUGAAAUUCGAAACAGGAGAAAAUUGA